AUUGAAGAGACGCUAGAGUUAUUGUCCAGUAAAUAAAACAAUCGAUUAUUUGAAUUUUUUAAAUUAAUCACGCAAUAAAACUCCACAAAACAGUUCAAAGUACAUCUGAAGACUAGGUAAUAUAGAAAUAUGGGUGAUUUGUGCACGGCAUGUAUGUGCGCUGGGCGAAAUUUGUUUUGCAUCGGCGAGACAGGAUUCUAUCAUUUAUAUUCGCAAAUAUUAAAUGAAAUCCAGGUGUAUGAUGCCUCAUCAUUUUACCUGAAGGUAUGCUGGGAGUGCUUGGCUCGGCUGCGACGCUGGCACCACUUCAAGGAGAGAGCGAAACAGUCUUACACACAACUACGCUAUGUACAUCAGAAUAACUUCGAGCCACCGUCCCCAAGCCCGUCAACUCUUCAAACCAGUGAGAUACAGAACUUCAGUUGUCCAGACCUGGUGGUUAAGGAUGAGGUGGAUGAGGGACAGACCCUCAAAGGGGAGGACAUAAAGACUGAGGAGACUCACUGCGAGCCAGCGACCUUUGUCAAUAUUAUUGAACCCAGAAGACGGAAGGCUGUUAAAAAGGAUACUAAGUCCAUCAAAGAUAAAUCAAAAAAGAAAUUGAAAACGAAAUCAACUCUACCAGUGAAAAAGAAGGUCAAAUUAAAAAAGAAAAGGUCACCGACCCCUCUGUCGAUAGAGGAUGACGUCGCGGACUCGGCACAUCCUCUAGAAGAUGAUCUAGAAGACGUUCCAGUACAGAACACAGGAGAAGAUGAUAAGAAGCAAGUUCCUUUUGUGGAUGAGAACACAAGACUGAAUGGGGAAUCGAAGCCGUGUCGCAACGAGCUACAGACGGCCCCGGAGCGACCUCAGUGCCCCGAGUGCGGGAAGAGUUUUAGCUCGAAGAAGACAUACCGAUACCAUCUCAACGUGCUGCACAAAGGCCAGAACAGGUACCCCUGCCCUCGCUGCGGGAAGGUCUAUCAAUGGAAAUCGAACCUAGGACGACAUCUGCGCACUCAUAAGGCGCGCGACUCGGGCGAGUUGUACUGCGAGACUUGUGACAAACGUUUCGCGUCAGUCGCCACCUACCGGCAACAUCUGCGAGUGUCGCGGCGACACGUGCCCGAGAGCGACUUCAGUUUUAUGUGCAACGAGUGCGGCAAGAAGUUCGUGAACAAGACCCGACUCCGCGACCACAUCGACUGGGAACAUCUACACAACAUCAAGUUCCGAUGCCAGCCCUGUAAUAAGCCAUUCAAGUGCCACACAUCCCUGUACGUCCACAUGCAAAACGUUCAUCGCAAUAAGGAGAAGAAAGACAACCUCUGCCACGUCUGCGGGAAGUCCUACCAGAACGCAGCCAAGUUGAAAUACCACAUAGUGGCGAUGCAUACGAGCGAGACUCCCUACCAGUGCACGCAGUGCUCCGCUGCGUUCGGCUGGUACUCCAGUCUCUACAGACAUGUGAGGGAGGUUCACUACAAGAUGAAAGUGCAGCCGAAGAAAUCGAAGAAAACAAAAAAGUUGGAUAUACUACCGUCUCUACUUACGCCCCAAGUGUUACCGCCGGUACAUCAACCCGGACCUCCGUAAUACAAACUUGGAAGUACUUGAGAUGUCAUAUUCAAUAAUUAUUACAGAACUCAGUGUUUUCCGACUAUACAGGGUUUAAAAAGACACUUAACGAAGCCGUUAACUACGCAUACUGCAGUUCUAACUAAGUAGCUUUACGCUAAAAUUAUCACUGGGAAACGACUUUUUUGAUUUAGGUAUAAAAAAAGUGUCUUUUUACACCCUGUAUAGACAAAUUCAUUAUUUUUAUUGAUAUUUUAAAAACAAUAAUUUUCUAUUAAUUUUGUAUGAGAUUCCAACAUAUGACGCUAAAGUCAAAAGUCAAAAUCAUUUAUUUCAAUUAGACACAUCAGGGAGGGGGAGGGAGGCCCAAUCCCUCCCCCUCCCCUAUCCCUUCCCGAUGUUUAUAUCCCCAACCCGUAUCCCCAAAAGGUCGGCAACGCACUCGUAACUCCUUUGGUGUUGCGGGUGUCCAUGGGCGGCGCCGAUUGCUUACCAUCAGGAAAUCCGUCUGCUCGUUUGCCGACUUAUACCAUAAAAAAAAUACAGGCACUUUUAAACGUCAAACAAAAUUUUAAAGAUAUAAAGUGUCAGUCUGUCCGUGUGUCCUCUAGUGAAGCUAUUUGCUCGUUCCAAAGUGUAGAUUCCUAUGGAGAAGAACGAGCAAGAAACUCCAUGGUUACUCUUUUACAAUCAGUGUCACAUACAGAUUCUUUGAUACAUUAUUUAGUUGGUUUGAUUAUGUGAGAACAGUGUAACGCUAAUAUACAGAGACGCCAUAAUGAUUCUAGGUCAAACAGAAUACUUAAAAUUAAAAUAUUUAAAUACAAAAUAAUCUAAAAUUUGUAUAACCGUCAAAUCAAUGAAUGAAAAAGUGAUUAUAAUUUGAAAAUUACCUGUAUUAAAAACUCGAAAUAAUUUAUUUUUAACCCCCGACGCUAAAAGAGGGGUGUUAUAAGUUUGACGUGUCUGUCUGUCUGUCUGUCUGUGGCAUCCUGGAACCUGAACGGGUGAAGCGAUUUCAAUUAAGUUUUUUUUUUUGUAUUAAAGGUGAUUUACGUGCGAGUGUUCUUAGACAUGUUUGACGAAAAUCGGUUGAG